GGCUGCGCAUGCGCGAUCGCCGCGUCAGCCACUUGCGCGGGGCCGGUGACUGAAAGUGCCGGCUUGUGUGUGCUCAGCGUGGGGUCUGCCGCGCAGCGUGGAUCUGCGCGCCGAGGCUCAGAAAAGCGUCGGGGGAAAGCCUGUCCCGGGCUGGCAGGAGUUAGAGGUAGUGUUUCUCUCCUGUCCCCUUCCCAGCCUAGGACCCCACCCCCACCCGCGCCUCUGUGUCUCUUGCGGACCCCCCUCGGCGCCUUCUGUUUUGAAGUGAGCCCCUGGCGAGGUCAUGAAGCUUGUGAGGAAGAACAUCGAGAAGGACAAUGCGGGCCAGGUCACCCUCAUCCCCGAGGAGCCCGAGGACAUGUGGCACACCUACAAUCUGGUGCAGGUGGGCGACAGCCUGCGCGCCUCCACCAUCCGCAAGGUCCAGACCGAGUCCUCCACGGGCAGCGUCGGGAGCAACCGCGUCCGCACCACCCUCACUCUUUGCGUGGAGGCCAUCGACUUUGACUCUCAAGCCUGCCAGCUGCGAGUUAAGGGGACCAAUAUCCAAGAGAAUGAGUAUGUCAAGAUGGGAGCUUACCACACCAUCGAACUGGAGCCCAACCGCCAGUUCACCCUGGCCAAGAAACAGUGGGACAGUGUGGUUCUGGAGCGCAUCGAGCAGGCUUGUGACCCAGCGUGGAGCGCUGAUGUGGCAGCUGUGGUCAUGCAGGAGGGCCUCGCCCACGUCUGCUUAGUGACACCCAGUAUGACCCUCACCCGUGCCAAGGUGGAGGUGAACAUACCCAGGAAACGGAAAGGCAACUGCUCCCAGCAUGACAAGGCCCUGGAGAGAUUCUAUGAACAGGUGGUCCAGGCCAUCCAGCGCCACAUCAACUUUGAUGUUGUAAAGUGCGUUCUGGUGGCCAGCCCAGGGUUUGUUCGAGAGCAGUUCUGCGACUACAUGUUUCAGCAAGCGGUGAAGACUGACAACAAAGUGCUCCUGGAAAACCGGUCCAAAUUCCUUCAGGUACACGCCUCCUCUGGACACAAGUACUCCCUGAAAGAGGCCCUUUGUGACCCUACUGUAGCUAGCCGCCUUUCAGACACGAAAGCUGCUGGAGAAGUAAAAGCCUUGGAUGACUUCUAUAAAAUGUUACAGCACGAACCUGACCGAGCCUUCUAUGGACUCAAGCAGGUGGAGAGGGCCAACGAAGCCUUGGCGAUCGACACAUUGCUCAUCAGUGAUGAGCUCUUCCGGCAUCAGGAUGUGGCCACCCGGAGCCGGUAUGUCAGGCUGGUGGACAGCGUGAAAGAUAACGCAGGCACGGUUCGGAUAUUCUCUAGUCUCCAUGUGUCUGGGGAACAGCUUGGCCAGUUGACGGGAGUUGCUGCCAUUCUUCGAUUCCCAGUGCCAGAACUUUCUGACCAAGAGGAUGAUUCCAGUUCUGAUGAGGAUUAAGACUGACAUUUAAUAGUUACUUCUUCUCAGUGUCCCUUGACAGGUGCAAAAGCUGCACUUGUUGAUCAUGCUGGGAUUUCUGGUGUGUUGGUCACACUAGUGUUUUAUAGUUGGCAGGACAUGUAUUCAAAUUAAAUAAAUCAAAAGAAAAGAAUGUCCCAGCAUUAUGGUUUCUAAUUGGAGUUAUUUUUUCUAAAUACCUGAAAACAGCAAUUUGAGUAUCUAAGGGGGAAAAGAGUCUGCUGUUUGGGCUUGAUCAUUAAAGCCCAUGUACCUGUUUUAAUAGGUUUUCCUUGUAAAAAUCUUUAAUCUCUCAUGAAGUUUAUUUUCACUCUGCAUGGUGUUUUUGCAUUUCAUUUAAUUAUGCAUUUUCUCACCUCUUUCUAAUUUUUGUUUUUUCAGGAUUUGGCUACAUUUACUAAAGUGUAAUUAAAACCAAGCCUAAAAUGUUAUUUUCUUUUAGAGAUUUGCUAAACUAGUCGAUUUUAAAACA